AUGCCAAACUCUUCAGCAAAAGCCACACAAGGAUCUGUUCGAUCCGAGAGGCAACUAAACAACAUCAAUGCUCAAGCCACAGCCGAAGAUAAGCAAAUCAUGAUGCUCAGAUUCGUGAGCGACCUGUACGUGCCUGUUUCCGCACGUCUUCAGGAUCCACUAUAUGUGCCUGGAAGCCACAAGCAGAACAGUGCGAACUUAGGCCGUUUCACGAACCGCCAACGGCCCCACUCCUCCACCGGCUUCGAGGGAAUCGGGGCCCAGUUUAUCGGCUCUGGCCUCGGUACGAGUCGCUAG